CCAGACUGCCAUUCAUGAAUGGGCUGGCAGCCCGUCAUGGGUCUUUGAUCAACUUUUUUUUCCGCCACUCUUCCACUCUCACUCAAUCAGCACACUCAAUAUGGAUGAUAACGGACUCCGGCCGCUCAGUCGCUACAUCACUGACCACGACGAGCGAGGCGUAACCACGUUCUCAAAAGCCGUGCCGACUACUCUCCAAUGGCAGCAGCUUGCGAAUGGGGCUCGGUUCAGCCUGGGCUACGCCACGAAUGAAUUUCCGGUCAAUCUCAGCAAGAACAAGGACCUGGAGGUCUACCAGCACUAUACGAACAACCUGCCUGGAAUCACGAUCCCAGGUGGCACAGUCAUACGAGUUGUCGACUUAGAGCCAGGGUCGUUGUCGCCGAUGCAUCGAACAAUCAGUCUGGACUACGGAGUGGUCCUCGAGGGAGAGGUCGAGCUGGUACUCGAUUCGGGCGAAGUGCGACUGCUGAAACGUGGAGACAUAUCGAUUCAGAGGGGGACAAAUCACGCAUGGAGGAAUCCGAGCUCAACUGCUUGGGCACGAAUGCUUUACGUUUUGCAGGAAGCUCAGCCUUUGGAAUUCAGUGGCGUGCAACUGGGAGAAGACUACGGUAGCGGAAUGGAUGAUGUAAAGCCGUCGAAAUGAUGGGAGGCAAUCCUGCAGGGAUACAGCGGGCGUCUCUGGCUUUUGAUCUUCUUUCGUCACAGUAACAUUGAAUGAUUUGGCAAAGCAGACCCAUGUAUGGGAACUAUCAAACAUGCAAAGUACUAUGG